AUGAUGAUGCGUUUGCGUGAGGUCGUCUCUGUGUCGCCGCGGGGGUUUGAACAGGGAGAGAAGCAGAGCAGGGGCGGAAGGGAGAGAGUUACCAGGAGGAAGCGAACUGGAACUGGGUUCAGCAAGGGGCCACGGUCUCCUCGGCUGUAUGGUAUGCCCCCCGAAGGAACAGCAUGGAGCGAAGAAGAGGAUGUCAACCCGAAGAGGAAGAAGACUAGUAAGCGAAUCGGCGAUAUGGGCAUGUGGGUGGUACGAGGAGCACAGCCUUUGGAUAUGGAAGGCCCCAUAUUCCACUCUGUCCCAAUCGACGACCCUCUAUCCUUCUACUCAAACGAAAACAACUUCAACACCAACACAAAUUCAUAUACGUUCACACCUCACCAGGGACAGAACUCUCAACAAUCGCAGCACUCCUCACCCGCUUCAGCUUCAACCUCGAGUACAUCAACAACCGACGACUCUCUAGGCAGUCUCCAUCCUCGUACUCCAUCCCCACCAGACCUCACAACACCCCGCGACCUGGACACGUUCAACCUCUCCGUCUUUCCUCCCAACUCCAUCGGAUCCGACGAGGCUUUCGCGGCUGGCAUCGUCAAUUGGGACGGAUUCGACAGCGACUGGGAUAAGUUUCUCCACCCCCAGCACCACGACACCAUGCUCCCCUCGACCCGUCAGCAACUCCAAAAGCAGGAGCAGUCCCAAUCACAGGGAGCAUUCAACCCCCAGCUGACGAUAGGAACCUUCACACCGACGAACGAGUUCGUCAUCCCGCCCGACCUGAAUAGUUUCGACUUCCCAGCCUCGGCUGUCACCCCCUUCUCAUCCGGGGCGAGCGCGGCCCCCACCAGCGCAAACUCUGAAAUGCGUUUCCCCCUCAGUUCAGGCUAUCCCGACACUGUCCGACACUCCUCUGUCGGGUCCUCCACGUCGGCCCACGGGUCCCCGCCGUCGGGUCAGCCCUUACCCGGCCAGCACCAGUCCGGGUAUACAAUGAGCGCGCCUGGGUCGGUUGGAGUCGCUCAAGCGCAACCCAUCCUUACCCCCACAUCUGCGAUGCCAAAUCUCAAAUCGAGCCAGUCCCCACCCGGGCUCCCCACGGUCUCCUUCAAUUUUCCCACAGGCGCUCCGCCAGGGCAACAGCAGACUACCCAGGGCCAGAAGCAGCCAACAAAGCGCCGGCUCACACCACACAACACCAUCGAGCGGCGCUACCGACGCAAUCUGAACAGCUGUAUCCAGGCAUUGCGUGAUGCCGUCCCAGCUGUGGCGAUCCUUGACCGAGAGCGAUGGGGUGACCGUUGGAUUCCCGACGAACGUGGAUACGUCGACGGUGUCCGACGCGCUGGCAAGAACAGCAAGAGCGUCGUGCUCGAGAAAGGAGUGGAGUACAUUGGGGUUCUGAAUCGCCGAGCCUCCAGGCUGACAAGAGAACGCACUGCCCUUCAAGCUCUGCUCUGCUCUUUCCCCCAGGGGCAGAUGCUUUACACCCAGUGGGAGCAUACAUUCCUCCCCAUGGACCGUCACUUGUAUGGCACAGACGAGCUCUUCCGCAUCCCACACGGCGUCCCGCUCGCGGAAGUGGGAAUGACCGAAGGCGAUGCGCUUGCCACUGCCGAAGAAGAGGAAGAGGACGGCGAUGACUGGGACGACGAAGGGGACGAUGAUGAUGAUGGCGGAAGGAGGGGCAAGCGGCAACGCGUCAGCAUGGGCGAGGUUGACGGAAGCGGCAUGGUUGUCCCUGCUCUUCCACCAAUGAACGGCGUCGAAGCAGAACGACGCAAGCGCGGCCGGCCCCGGAAAAAUACCCAGCCUUCUCUUCCCCAACCAACUCUACCCUCCCCACCCCAAGCUGGGGUCAGGACCUCCCCGCCGUCUAUGACGCGCCUCUCCCCUGACCAGCAGAUGGCUGUCAUGACUGCUCAGCGGCAACAGCAGUUCCAGAUGCAGCAGCAGCAAUAUGCGCUUCAACAAAGGCAGGCGCAGCAGCUCCACCAGAUGGCCGCAAUGCAGCAACAGCAAGUGCAGCAGGUUCAGACGCAGCUGCGUUCUGCGGGGCCGGGCGGCCCAGGGCAGCUACCGUUCUCCCCUGUCCAGCAGCAACCACAGCAAGGUGCUGCACCCCGCUAUCUCCUAGCGGCUUUCCUCUGCUUUUCUAUCUUCCGCAGUGGAGGAGUGUUCUCCACCCCCGCAGAGCCAGGUACUCAGACUGGUACCGUCCUAACCCCAGGAUGGGCGAAAACCGCUCUCGGCCCUUCCCCCUCCGUGCCCACCCUUGGCGUCCACACCUGGCUGGACGUCGCCCAGCUCGCAGUAGUCGUCACCCUCUGUGCAACCCUCUUCUUCGGUGGAGCAGGCUGGGCACGUCCCCGCUCCCCGAAGCUUGUAACAAAAGACGGAAAGACCCAGUACGCCGAAUCGGCGAUCCUGCGGCGACGAGGUGUCUUCUCCCGUGGCUAUGCGAUCUUCUCGCUACUUCCUGCCUUGUUUUUCCCCACCUCCGUCGAGGAGCGCGCGUUGCUCGCGCUGUUGCUCCCAAACUGGAUCGUGCUCAGAUCUAUCGCUGCGUCGCUCUGGAAUGGCGCUGCGGCGGAUAUUGCUGAUGAAGAGGAGCAGAGUGGGGUCACCGACGCUGUUCUACACGCGGCGUUCCAACUGGACCUGCCACGUGCCAAAGAACUGAUUCGCCGUGCCACUCUAACCAAAUCGAGCAUGACCACCCAACCCGCUCUGUUCGAUACCCUCGCACGUGCCGCAAUCCAGGAGCACGUAACCGAGCGCGCCACAAGCCGGUUCAUCAGCGUUGCCAACGCCGCCUUCAACCCGAAAUCGGCUGAUCCGGAAGGAGCCGACUUCGAGCUCGCGCACUGGGCAGAGCAGUCUGCUCUUCAGCUGGGCGGAGAGAGCCGGAAACUCCUGGAGGCGUGGGAUGAUCUCGAGUUUGGUAUCGAGGCGGAUGACAUCGAGUCUUCCCCCAAUGGGCGGCAAGACGACGCUCGCCUGAUGUUGGAUGCGAUCGCCAUGCUUUACUCAUGCAUCCGGCCAGAAGAGGACAAUGAUGCUUCCCGAAGAUCACUCGAUGCGCUUCGUCUGCGCUUACGUCGAAUCCUUGGGAACAAGACGUUCGAUGCGUCACUCCGCCUUGCAGACGCACGCGAUCGUGUCGUGGACCUGCUGGACCCCCGCCGGCGGCGGUAAGCUCAUACCCCCGUGAUAUCCAUGCCGCUUCUGUGCCAUCAUGUACUACCAUACAUAUUGAACGGUUCCUCUGCGUGCCGCUGUACUAUUGUUGUGCCUUUUCGUUCGGAGACUUUUGCUCACCCCUCUUUCGUUUAUGGGGUGCCUGAUGGACUUGUGCAAUACUCCUAUGUGAUUGAACUGUUUCCGUAAUUUGUGACCAAUGAGA